AUGUCUGCAAGCACAGUUCAAGUCUCGAACAUCAGUUCGCAGACCAGCGAAAAGGAGGUCAAGGAUUUCUUCUCUUUCUGCGGUAAGAUCACUAGCAUUGAGAUCACGCCGACUGGCGACACAAAGAAGGCAACCGUCACCUUCGAGAAAGAUACUGCAGCGAAGACUGCCCUACUUCUUGAUAAUACCGCCCUUGGCGCAACUCAGGUUCAUGUUUCUAGUGCCUCCGGCUCAAGUGCGGACGAGGGAAGUCACUACACUUCGAAUGAGCACCGUGACAGCGACGAGAUCACCCAGGAAGAGAAGCCUCGAAGCCGUAUUGUCGCCGAGUACCUCGCACACGGCUAUACAAUCGGUGACCAAGCCGUUCAAAAAGCGAUUGACCUCGACCAGAAGCAUGGCGUCUCCCACCGCUUCUUGUCCACCCUGCAAAAUCUGGACUCAAAAUAUCACGCCACCGACAAGGCUAAGUCGGUUGAUCAAUCGUACGGCGUUACACAAAAGACGAACUCGCUCCUCUCUGGUCUGACCUCGUACUACGAGAAGGCUGUCGGCACCCCAACUGGCAAGAAGCUUGCAGGCUUCUACACCCAGACCUCUCGCCAAGUCCAGGAUAUUCAUAACGAAGCUCGGCGUCUGGCAGAUCUCAAGAAGGAGGAGGCGGGCGCGAAAGGCUCGGGCACUGAAAAGCAAACUUCGUUCGCUACCCCUUCUGCACCUGAAGCUGCCUCUACUGCCACUGGCGUCGUUGAUUCUACAAAAGUCGCUCCUUUGGAACCCGAAAAGGGAACUUAUGCUUAG